GCAUGGACAAAAAUUUUCUCAUAUUCUAUUUCCUCUUGUUUCCAAGUGUCUAUAUAUAUCUCGGCAAUCGCUCUCGUCUACGGUGGAGAAAAACCCCUGACCCGUCAAGUUUCGCUACCGAUGUUGUACUCCGACGAAGCAUUUUGUUUUAUACAGUGCACCAUACACCGCCUCAGGUGCUGGCUUGAGCUUCCCGCCCAAUCAGCAAUGCGGCUUUUAGAAGCAAGACGACAUUGAUGAAUUCGGCAGAACAUCUCUCUCGGUUACGACUCGCUGUGUGUCGUCCAUCCCCCUUCCUCGGUGCUGGCAUUUUACCAACGCUUCUGCUGCCUCCCGUUCAGUCCUGCCGUAUACCUUUCUUCUGCAGAAGCAGCAGCUGGAGCAGCAGCAACAACCAUGAUCGUUCGGCCCGCUGCCACGAGAAGCGUGGCAAAGGCCGCCGCAAGAACAGCAGCUUCUUCAGUUUCGAGACCUCUCGCCGCCACCAACAGCAGCAGCUCAUCCCUCCGAACCCGCUCCUACGCCACCGUCCAGGAAGGCCAGCCCCAGCAGCGCCGGUAUGGCGGCCUCAAAGACCAAGACAGAAUAUUCACGAACCUCUACGGCCACCAUGGCUCCGACCUCAAGUCCGCCAUGAAGUACGGAGACUGGUACAAGACGAAGGACAUCAUACUCAAGGGUCACGACUGGCUGAUAAACGAGAUCAAGGCAUCUGGUCUGAGAGGAAGAGGAGGUGCCGGGUUCCCUUCAGGCUUGAAAUUUUCAUUCAUGAACUUCAAAGGCUGGGAAGAGGACAAGCGCCCUAGAUACCUUGUCGUCAACGCCGACGAGGGCGAACCCGGGACGUGCAAGGACCGAGAAAUCAUGCGAAAGGACCCCCACAAACUCGUCGAAGGAUGCCUGGUGGUCGGUCGCGCGAUGAACGCCACGGCCGCGUACAUUUACAUCCGAGGCGAAUUCUACCACGAGGCGACGGUGCUACAACGGGCGAUCCAAGAAGCGUACAAGGAAGGUCUGAUCGGCAAGAACGCCUGCGGCUCUGGUUACGACUUUGACGUCUACCUCCACCGCGGCAUGGGCGCGUACGUGUGCGGCGAGGAGACGUCGCUGAUCGAGUCGCUGGAGGGAAAGGCCGGCAAGCCGCGCCUGAAGCCCCCCUUCCCCGCCGCCGUCGGCCUCUUCGGGUGCCCGUCGACCGUGACCAACGUCGAGACGGUGGCCGUGUGCCCGACCAUCGCCCGCCGGGGGGCCAAGUGGUUCGCCGGGUUCGGGAGGGAACGAAACCAAGGCACGAAGCUCUUCUGCAUCUCGGGACACGUCAACAACCCGUGCACGGUCGAGGAGGAGAUGUCGAUCCCGCUGCGCGAGCUGAUCGAGAAGCACUGCGGAGGCGUGCGCGGCGGCUGGGACAACCUCCAGGCCAUCAUCCCCGGAGGCUCGUCGACGCCGAUCCUGCCGAAACACGUCUGCGACGACCAGCUGAUGGACUUUGACGCCCUCAAGGACAGCCAGUCCGGCCUGGGCACGGCCGCGGUCAUCGUCAUGGACAAGUCGGCCGACGUGGUCAGGAUGAUCGCCCGGUUGAGCCAGUUUUACAAGCACGAGAGUUGCGGGCAGUGCACGCCGUGUCGAGAAGGCAGUGCCUGGACGGCCAAGAUGAUGGAGAGGUUCGAAAAGGGUCAAGCAAAGGCUAGAGAGAUUGACAUGAUUCAAGAACUUACGAAGCAGGUCGAAGGUCAUAGUAUUUGUGGUGAGUUUCCUCUUUCCUUCUUCCUUGUCCCUUUGAUCUACGUCGGUCCUCCCAAUGCUGUACAGUACACACAAGCUGACCAUCAUGUUACUGUUUUGUCAUACACAGCCCUAGGUGAAGCUUUCGCGUGGCCCAUUCAAGGUCUCAUCAGACAUUUCCGACCGCAGCUCGAGGCCAAGAUCAAAGGUUACGCGACCACCAACGGCGCCGAACCUUUGGCCGGCGGAUGGGAACCCGAUUCCGCAAAGAAGGGGAUUUUGGUGUCUCCGGGAAUGUAGGAGAAUCGGGGGGUUUUUGGGUUGCUGACGUGUUUCUGUUUUCCGACCUAGCCUGGUCUUGUGACUACUACUUGCUCGGUCCGGGUGGUGUUCCGUAACGUAAAACAAAAAAAUGAACAUGAAACCUGAACUGUGAGAAUGAUUCUUUUUGUGGUGUGAUAAACAUUGAUGAGAUGUGUACGCGUAGGAUACAGUAGUACUCCAGGCUAACACUUCCAUCUAGAAACUCCGUACCAAAUAAUAGGAGGGCCAUCGUAGACUCAUGGAUGGUCCUUGGAUCCUCGAGCUAGGUAGGCAGGUAGACGGGGAGGCAGGGUGCCCAGAAUUCAUG